GUAUUUAUUUAUUUAUUUUUUGCAGGAUUCAACAUCUUAUACAGCAACGCAUGAUCGUCCUGUGGAUGCAGCCAGACUUUAUAUUCCGACUACUUGGGUACGCCCGGGAGCAAGAAGAGCUGUUGAAGACACUUCAUUCCUUCACCCGGAACAUCGUCAAGGCGAGACGAAAGCUGUACGAGCAACAAAAGCAGCAAGGCGGUGCAGGGAGUGACGACGAGCAACAUCUUGGUAAGAAACAACGGUUGGCUUUCUUGGAUCUGCUGCUGGAGUACUCUGAAGGAGGUACAGUUCUCACCGACGAGGACAUUCGUGAGGAGGUGGACCUCUUCGUGUUCGCCGGCCACGACACCACCACCGUAGCUAUUAACUGGUGCCUCUACGUCCUUGGUCGUCACCCAGAGAUACAGGCUCGAGUUCAUGCAGAACUGGAUAGCAUCUUCGAAGGAACAGACCGACCAGCCACCAUGGAUGACAUCCGUCAGAUGAAAUACACUGAGAACUGCAUCAAGGAAGCUCUCAGACUCUUCCCGUCUGUUCCUUACGUCGGCAGACAACUCAGUGAAGAUAUAAACAUUGGGAAGUAUCGCAUCCCCGCCGGUGCCUCAGUCAUGGUGUUCACCUAUGCCCUACACCGUGACCCUGAGCAGUUCCCUGACCCUGAGGUUUUUGACCCUGACCGCUUUCUGCCGGAGAACGCCAGCAAGCGACACCCCUUUGCCUACAACGCCUUCAGCGCCGGACCCAGGAACUGCAUCGGUUUGAAGUUCGGCAUGAUAGAAGAGAAGGUGAUGGUAAGCAGUGUGCUGCGCAAGUUCCGAAUUGAGAGUAUCACUUUCCAAUAA